UUAUUAAUUGCUGUAUGUAUUUACAAUAGUCUAUAAUAUCGGACUUUGAAUUUUAUCACCUUUCACAACGAAGGCUCCUCAUGAAUCUCGAUCUAUAAAUACCCUGCAGUAAUGGGCUUCUGUUUCCAUCUCCAGCAACAAUCAACUCUUCACUCUUCAGUAAGCCUUUGUGAAAAUUAUUAAUCCCCUCUUCUCCUUUGUUCAUUUCCUGAUCAGUUUAGAAGAAGAAGAUGGGUGUCACCAGUUUCACGCAGGAGUUCGCAUGCCCCGUCGCUCCGGCUAGGAUGUUCAAGGCCUUGAUCCUUGACUCUCACAACCUGAUCCCCAAGCUCAUGCCACAGUCAAUCAAGAGCGUUGAAAUAAUCCAAGGAGACGGAGGAGCAGGCAGCAUCAACCAGAUUAACUUCCCUGAAGGUGGUCAUUUCAAAUAUUUGAAGCACCGAAUUGACGCCUUGGACAAGGACAACUUGGUGUGCAAGUACACAUUGGUGGAGGGUGAUGUAUUGGGUGAUAAGCUGGAAUCAAUUGCUUACGAGGUUAAGUUCGAGGCCGCUGCCAACGGCGGAUGCGUCUGUAAGAUGACAAGCGAGUAUCACACCACCUCCGGUGAUGUGGAGGUCAGAGAAGAAGAAAUCAAGACCGGAAAAGAGCGAGCAAUGGGAAUGUACAAGGUUGUGGAAGCCUAUCUCUUGGAGAACCCUCAUGUCUAUGCCUAGACUUCGAUGCGUCAAUUUGUCAUGCAUGUUAUAAGCAUUAGUUUUACUCUUUCUAAGUUUCUAUAUCA